AUGGCAGAACAAGAACUAGCGGAUGAUCUUUUCGGGGAUGACGAAGAAGUCCCACCUCAGCCACCAUCUCCUUCACCGGCAGCUACGACCUCCAAGUCGAUGACGCCAAAGCAAGAAGAGGAAGAUGUCAAAACUGAAGCUGCUCAGUUGGACGAUCUUUUCGGCGACGAAGAUGCAGAUUUACCAUCCACCGCUACUCCACCUUCUGCAUCCCCCGACUCUCCUCGUACUCCCCAUCCAUUAGAAUAUGAAGAACUUGAUCAACCCGGUCCCGUUACUGAAGAACCUGCCAAAGCGGAGAUUCCAGCUUGGAAAAGACUAGAUCCUACCGAUGGAAAAGUUUGGCAUCUCCGUUUACCCGCUUAUGUGAAUUAUGAUUCUAAACCGUAUCAUCCUGAUUUGUUUCGAGCCACUGCUGAGGUCACGGAUGGAAAGACGGAUCCGUUAGGUGCGAAAGGACGGAUGAUCGGGGUUAGGAAUACUAUGAGAUGGAGAUGGGUCACUGGGGCUGAUGGGGAGCCUACACGUCAAACAAACUCACGAAUGCUCCGUUGGUCAGACGGUUCCGUAUCAUUACAAAUCGGAUUAGAAAUGUUUGAUGUUUCACCAUCUCACAAUACCCUCUCUCGUCCUUCCGACCCUAUACCUCCUACAACUUCAACCCUUCCUACAAGUUCAAAAGAAUCUACAAACACUUAUAUCCUUUUGAUAGACGGUACAAAUCAACUUUUAGUAACUCAAAAUAUCUUAGCAGGAACAUUAUCUCUUAUUCCGACUUCCAUGACAUCCAAAACUCAUUUGGAAAUCUUAGGUCAUGUAGGUCAACAACAUGUAAAACAUUCACGUAUGAAGAUAUUAGAUGAUUUAGAAGAUUUAAGUUUAGUACAAGAAUUAUUACAAAAAGCUUCCACAUCAAAUGGAAAGACGAAAAUCGUCAGGAAGAAAUCUACUGGUGGAGAAAGAGGUAGAAGGUUUAUGAAGAAAAGUAAAAGAGGUGGGAGUAGUGAUGAAGAAGAAUUAGGUUUAGAAGGUGAAUAUGAAGAAGAUGAUGGUUUUGUAGUUGCUGAUUCGGAUAACGAUGAUGAUGAUGAUGGAGAUGGAGAUGGAGAUGAUGGAAAUUAUGGUAUAAAGAGAAAGAAAGGUGGGAAAGGGAAAAAGAAAAAAGGAAAAGAAGAUGAUUUAGAUAUGGUCGAAGAAGCUGAUAAAAGGAUAGAAGCUGCUGCAAAGGAAAGAAGGAAGAAUAAAGGUGUUAAAAGUAAAGAAAUGGUAUUGGAUUCGGACGAAGAUGCAGAAGGGGAAGAUGAACCUAUGGAUAUGGACAUGGACAUGGAUGAUGAGUAA